AUGGGAAAGGCAAUGAGGAAUAGUCUGAAAUGGCUACUUUCCUCUCUAGUAGCCUCUCAGGUGGGAGCGUUUUACAUACCAGGCUGGUCGGUGAAGAGCUACAAAGAGAACGAACAUAUCCCAUUACUCGUGAAUAAGGUCUACUCCGACAACACGCAAUUGCAAUAUGCCUACUACGACCUCCCAUUCGUCUGCCCGCCGACGGGCAAAAGCCACGGCCCCGGUUUGUUCAGCGGACAGAGCAUUUCGCUUAAUCUCGGCGAAGUGCUUCGCGGCGACCGGAUCAUGACUUCGGAUAUCGAUUUGACAAUGGGACAAGAUAAGGAAUGCAGCUUUAUGUGCAAUCAAGAAGUCACAAGACGGGAUCUGAGACGAGCAAAGGAGUUGGUGAAAGAGGGGUAUGUCGUGGAAUGGAUCGUCGAUAAUCUACCCGGUGCCACGAGCUUUGUCACGGUAGAUAAGAGUCGGAAGUACUACGCUGCUGGUUUCAAACUCGGUUUCACGGACUACUCGGCGAACACUGGAAAGCCGCGGUAUUUCCUUAACAACCACCAUACCAUUGUGAUCCGAUAUAGGUCAGCGCCAGGUCGGGCGGGCGAGAAGGGAGGCAAGGUCGUUGUCGGCUUUGAGGUCUACACGAAGAGCGUAGGCACGAAUGUUAAGCGAGAGAAUGGAUGUCCUGCCGACCUUCGCGAUGUCGAUGAUCACUUCGAAUUAUACAUGGCGCCGAAUAAGACUACCGAGUUUCAAUCGCAAUACUCGCAUUCGUCCUACUACCCAGAGGCUAUUGAAGAGGGCGACGAUGACGAUACAAUCAGCAUUCCAUACUCCUACUCGGUGUACUUCCGCGAGGACGAAUCGGUCGAGUGGAACCGUCGCUGGGAUCUGUAUUUCGUUAACUCGGAAGAGGGUUCCCGAAUCCAUUGGCUGGCUAUUGUUAACUCCCUGAUCAUCUGCGGUCUCCUCACUGGUAUCGUUCUGAUGAUUCUGGCCAAGACGAUUCGAUCCGAUAUUAAGGGAUACAAGGAGGGUUCCAUUGAAGAUGGCAAGUUGCGAAUCAAGCGCAAGGGGAACCGAUCUCCCAAGUCGGAAAAGACCGGGUUUGGUUUGCUUGAAAAAGAAGGCGAUGCGGAUAAGGAUGUCGAUAUUUCGUCCGACGAAGAGGCACUCGAAGAUGUUACUGGAUGGAAGUUGUUACAUGCGGAUGUCUUCCGAAAGCCCGAGUAUGGAUAUUUGCUUGCGCCGCUUGUCGGAUCUGGUAUGCAGCUGUUAUUCAUGGCCAUCGGACUAGUUCUGCUAAGUGCUAUUGGCAUUCUGAACCCCAGUUUCCGAGGAGGCUUCUUGAGCGCUGGUGUCGGUCUUUUUGUCUUCGCAGGUGUCUUCUCUGGCUACUAUUCCGCAAGAGUGUACAAGACCUUCGACGGUACAGAUUUCGUUAAGAACGCGAUCGUCACAGCUUGUCUCUUCCCCGGUCUCCUUUUCGGUCUAGUCUUUAUUUUGAACUUAUUUGUCUGGGCGCAAGCUUCCAGCACUGCCAUACCUUUCGGAACUCUGAUAGGAAUCGUUCUUCUGUGGCUUGGCAUUCAGGUCCCAUUGGUGUACCUGGGUUCGUGGUAUGGAUUUGUGCGAACAGGCGCUUGGGAGCAUCCGACGAAAACUGCUAGCAUUCCCCGACAGGUCCCCAACCAAGCGUGGUACGCCAAGAGCAUACAAUCAAUUCUUCUGGCCGGCCUCGUCCCAUUCGCCGUCAUCUUUAUUGAGCUGUUAUUCGUAUUCCAGUCGUUGUGGCAGGAUAAGAGCGGGUACUACUACAUGUUCGGGUUCCUGUCAGUGGUGUGCCUGAUCCUCAUCCUUACCAUCGCCGAGGUCACGGUUGUCACCAUCUAUAUCCAGCUGUGCUCUGAGAACUAUCACUGGUGGUGGCAGUCAUUCUUAGUCGGUGGGGGUAGCGCCGUCUGGGUAUUCCUAUACUGCGUCUGGUACUACUUCGCCAACUUGCACAUAUCGGGCUUUGUCAGCUCCCUCCUAUUUUUCACAUACAGCUUCAUAGCAUGUUGCGUAUACGGUUUGCUCACGGGCACCGUUGGAUUUCUGACAGCAUAUGCAUUUGUUAGACGGAUAUAUGGGUAA